AUGGACAAAGGAAGCCGAGCAGCAUUGAGCAGAGUGAAGGAUACUCGACCCGUGGAUAUUGAGUCAGAAGAAGUCGUGAAUCUUGAGACAUUCUUGAAACCAGCUGGAGACCGCCCAGUCAAGAAUCCCCUCGAAUUGAAGCAGAAAAAGUUGCGCGGAGUUCAAAUUCCAGAGAAUUUCUUCAAAGCGUUUGUGGAGCUUGCGUGGGCAAGGAAUGAUGGGAGGGAGUUUGUGGGAUGGAUUGCAGGUGUCGAGGAAAAGCUUCCUCGAAGCAAGGAAACGGCCAUUUUUGUCAAGGGACUCUACGUGCCAAAACAAUCAGGAACGGACUGCUCAGUGACAGCAGCUGAUUUGGAUGGCAAAAGUGAUCGCCUGACCGAGUUCCUUGAGCAGAAUGCGCUGAAUAUUGUGGGAUGGGUGCAUACCCAUCCCACAUUUGAUGCCUUUCUGAGCAGCAUCGAUCAGCACAUGCAAUUCUCCAUUCAAAAGCAGCUCCCAAAAGCCAUCGCCGUCGUCUUCGACAAGAACAAAUGGGCUCGAGUCAUGAGAUUGAGUGAGAAGGGUAUGGCUGUAGUGGAGGCUUGCGUUGAUACACCCACAACAGCCCACGAACACUGCUCCUCACACGAAGAGCUGGUUGUGGACGUUGAGUACUUCACUCACUGCAGCGGAAAGCAUAGUAGACUUUCAGUUCUCAACGACAAUGACCAAGAGAUUGAAGAUUCCAUCCAGAAGUCAGUGCGCCAGAAGGUGGAGAAGCAGAAGGCCAAGGAAGAGGUGGCUGAGGACACUUCAGUUUCAAGGCAGCCUUCAACCAUGUCACUGUCAGGUGGUUCUCAAACUACUACACCUUCCCGCUCUGUCAAUGCUUUGCUGGAGUCUUUGAAAUCAGUGACAAACGCAUUGCUGGUGGCGCUACCUCAAUUGAUGGUGGGUCAGAAGGUAGAGGAUUUUGUGAGUCAAUUGAGCAGUUUGUGCGCCAAGUGCCCCGCUCUGGAAGAGGCCUUGGAAUGCAUUGGCUUUGAUGCAGAGACCAAGAAGUUCAAGGAGGAUUCUCCCCAAUGGUUCGCCAUGCCUGCCCUUUUGCUCCAAAAGACGACUGAGGUUCAGAAAAUCAUGGAUGACAUGGAGUCUCUUGGGCCAGUGCCGGGUAGGGUUGGAAGACCAUUUGGCAGCAAGGGCAGAAAGCGGGUGCCAUCUCCAAGCCCUGUGAAUGCUGAUGCUGAAGCCCCCGCCAAGAAGAGCGCAACCAAGUCAUCCUCUUCCAAAAAGAGGAAAGGGGCAAAGAAUAAGAAGCAGAAGCCAAAUCAUUCAGAAGAAGAGGAAGAAGCUGCUUUGGACCCAGACUCGGUGAAAAAGAAGCUCUUUGAAGAGUAUGAGGACCCUUUCGCAUCAGACAUGGACGUGGAGGAGAACUCCGGUAACAAGGCAGCCUGCGUCCCUCUGUACAAAAAAUGCUUAGCGGUGGAGCUUGGGAAGCGCCUGCAGCAAGAAGGCAACUGUAGAAAUAUUGAGAAGGAAGUGAUGGGGCGCUUCAAGAACCUUUUUUGGAAUGCAGACCUGCAACGUUGGAAAACAGGGACCUAUGAGAAGGAAAGCCACCACUUGAUCCCUUGGAGCGUGAUGUCCAACAAGGAGAAGCAAACCAUGAAGCAGGUUCCUGAUUGGCUCAGGAAAGCCAUGGGGCUCGAGACCCGCUUUGCCAAGGGCCACCAAAACAUUGUCCCUUUUCAGGUAGAGGCGACACUGAAUGACACCCUUGAAAGGAUGAUUGGCGGCAGUUCCAGGUGCCUUCAAAACGCGGCCAACAUCAAGACUCAAACGCUGCUCCAAACUGCGCACAAGAUACAGGGGGCAGAACCUGAAGUGUUCAGAGAUAACCCUGUGGAUCGGAAGUGGCUCCACCGCUUUUUGCACCGAUGGCAGUGGGGGUAUCUCUCCUCAAACACAAAAGGCUGCUAUCUGGCAGAUGAUUGCCAGGAGAUGAUCGACACCAGGAGAGCACACCGAGCCCAGCGUGCUGCACAUGAGGUUCCAUGGGCCCUGGUCUUGAAUUUUGACCAAAUGUGGAGGAGUGCAUAUGAGCCUCCAGAUCGCCUACUCCAUAAGACAUCGGGCAAGCGGAAUUUCGAGAUGUGGUUUCAAUUGAGGCUACGUCCGGAGGAUGUCAAGGGCAAGCGUAUGGAAGCCGUGCUCAGUGUGGCCGGUGGAGAUAUGGCUAGCAGAAUGGGUCUUGCAAAGGCCUCCAAGCUGAGGAAGACAGUUCCAAGGAGCGAGUUUGUGGUGGGUGCCAGGUUCGGUCUGACCGCUGUUUCAAGUCUGUGGGGGUCAGGAGAGGUGGGCCAAUUGGGGAUUUGCGUCCCUUCCAACAGUGUGACCCGGAGUUUCCGAGAAGAGAUCAACAGCACCUUCUAUGGCACCGUCUACUUGUUUGAGAGUGGCUCAGAAUCCCAUUUCAUGACGGCAGAGACCACCUUGGAAUAUCUCAACGAACUCAUUGCCCUUCAAUUACGAAGGGCACACCUCAACGUGGACAAGACGGCAAUGUUGGUGGCUGAUGCCUUCACUGGCAACUUUGCCUACAGGAAUGGUGAAGAUGUGCGGAGGGAGGAAUGGAGCCGGCAGCAGCGCUGCUUACUGCCACUCCGUCCACCGGGCGGCUGGAGUGCAACUGGUCAGCCAUGCGAUGGAGUGCAUCACCUCUUCAGGAGACUGAUCAAUUGGUACAUGGAUGGGCAGCUUGGUGUGAAGCCGGAAGAAGCUGUGAAGGCUUUGAUUUGGGGUUGGCAGCAAAUGGUCAAGUACCCACGCCUGCUGAGAUGGGCAUGGGUGUCCCGGGGCUUGGUCUCGAAAGAGGAGAUGGAGGCGAUGCACCCCGGUUGUGACGUGGAUGAUGACCCACCGGAGGAGGGGCCUUUUAAGCAAAUGGUGCCAGGAGUGCCAGAUCUGGUCCCAGAGGCUUGCCCCAAGCGUCCUCUCCAUAUGUGGCAAAUGCAAGACCCCUCAGAGGACUUGGUCACUGAUGGAGAGGGUGCGCAGAAGUGGCUGAAUUUGCCACGCGUGAUGGCCGCCUUUGCAGACAAAUCCUAUGCCAAAUACCAGGUCGAUCUACACGAAGGUAGAGAAAGGCAUGCCGGUGGUGAGAUCAAUGCUGCCAAAUAUCAGAAAAUUGUGGAUGAUGCCAAGAAGAUCUUGGUGCUUAUGCACACCACCGGACAGCCUGCGACCAACAAAUACAUCCAAGAGCACAUGGUCCAGGUGGAAGGCGGAGGGUACAAGCUCAAGACUGGUUCGAGGUCAACCUUAAUCAUCUUUGAUUUCAAAGAAGCCAAGGUGAAGGUGGGCGCGUAUUCAUGGACUCCUCUCAGGGUGCUGAAGGCAGAAACAAAGUUUCAAGGCAUCCACUUGGAGGCCGGGACAGCAGGAAUUUAG